ACGAUUAUUUUUUAUAAAUAUACGAGUAAUUAAUAAGAACUUGAUGUAAUCGUAUGUGUCUUGAGUUCAGGCGUAUUCCAAAGUCGACUCAAAUGUUCUUCUUCGUCUGUUUUAUUAUCGGGGUUCAAAAAUAACCGCGACACCUGCCGUUGGAGCUCAGGCCCGUUUGUGAGAAUUGUCCAAUCCGGUUUGAACAGACAGAGAUUUUGGACGAAUUGAAAGACUUAGCUGCGUGGUGGACUGUCGAGACAUCCAAUGGCCUGAGUGGUAGUAAUAGUGUGUCCGCGGUGCGGUGGUGGUGGACUCACACUGGAUGGGACAGGACAGCGCUACAUGGGGGACACAGGCGACAGCAGCUGGUACACCCGCUCCUACACCCCGGAGAGACAUAUUCGCACUGUGGAGAAACCCCACGACGCUCCGUUAUUGGGAACUGACUUGAUGAAAUCACCGAGCCGAGCAUGAACACGUCGCAUUUGAGUGUCUCCUCCACUGAGCAUGGACUGACCAAAUCCCUCUCUGGAUGAUUUGAUGGGGCUGCUCAGAGUCAUGAUGCCGCCCAAGUUGCAGCUUCUGGCGCUGCUGGCGUUCGCAGUGGCCAUGUUCUUCCUGGAGAACCAGAUCCAGAAGCUGGAGGAGUCCCGGGGGAAGCUCGAACGAGCAAUCGCCAGACACGAGGUACGUGAGAUCGAGCAGCGGCACACGCAGGACGGCCUGAGGGAACGAGACUCGUCCACCACGUCGGUGUCCGAGGGCGACGACGACAUCGUCAUCAUCUACAACCGCGUGCCCAAGACGGCCAGCACCUCCUUCACAAACAUCGCCUACGACCUGUGCGGGAAAAACCACUACCACGUCCUGCACAUCAACACCACCAAGAACAACCCGGUCAUGUCCAUACAGGACCAGGUACGGUUUGUAAAGAAUGUGACCGAGUGGAGGGAAAUGAAGCCGGCUUUUUACCACGGACACGUCUCCUUCCUGGACUUCACCAAGUUUGGGGUGAAGAGGAAGCCCAUCUACAUAAACGUGAUCCGGGACCCCAUUGAAAGGCUGGUGUCCUAUUAUUACUUCCUGCGUUUCGGGGAUGACUACCGGCCCGGCUUGAGACGCAGGAAACAAGGAGACAAGAAGACAUUUGAUGAAUGUGUAUCAGCCGGCGGCUCAGACUGUGCCCCUGAGAAGCUCUGGCUCCAGAUUCCCUUUUUCUGUGGUCACUACUCUGAAUGCUGGAACGUGGGCAGCCAAUGGGCUCUGGAGCAGGCCAAGUACAACCUGGUGAAUGAGUACAUGCUGGUCGGAGUAACAGAAGAGCUGGAGGACUUCGUCAUGAUGCUGGAGGCCGCACUGCCACGCUUCUUCAAAGGAGCCACCGAGCUGUACAAAACAGGGAAAAAAUCCCACCUGAGGAAGACCAGCGAGAAGAAGCCGCCCACAAAAGAGUCCAUCGCCAAGCUGCAGCAGUCGGCCAUCUGGAAGAUGGAGAACGAAUUCUACGAGUUUGCACUGGAGCAGUUCCAGUUCGUCAGGGCGCAUGCUGUCAGAGAAAAGGACGGGGAGCUCUACCUGCUGGCACAAAACUUCUUCUAUGAGAAAAUCUACCCCAAAAACUAAAGGAGGCAGAAGGAGGACUCUUGGUACAGGCUCAGAUGUGCAGUCUGAGAGACGGAAAGUGAGACUUAAGAGACGGCAGGUGACUGUGCGGCUGCUCUGUGCAUGUGGACGGGAACAUAACGUGGAGCUGCAGAACAAAUCCGCCUCUGAUGACAGCUCUGUUAGAGAGCAACUGGACAAGGAGCUCGUGUUUCGUCAGCAGGUUGUGUUCCCAGCAGGCCUCCUUCACGUCCAUGUCAAAGGUUGUCUGCACAGAGGACCUCUGCUGGAGACAGCCUGUCCAACAGCCGGACUGGACAGACCUCGACUCCUGUUCAACUUUUUCUGUUCUCGGACCCAGACGAAACAUUUUCAUCGGCUCUGUACUGUUUGGUUGUGUUUGGUUGUAUUUUAACUCUUUACUAUGGUUGUCUUUUGUAUGUAAAGACGGUGACAUGCCCACGCCUCACCACUACUACUAACUUAAAGAGAUUUUAAGUGUAAGAAACUGACUACUGUGCUGUAUUAUUGGACUUGAAUGAGGUUUUUACAAAAUAAAAAUCCUGUGACCACGGACUAUCUACUGGGACAAGUGAGUAUGUUUUAUACUGUACUUGAUGUGUUUUGUUGGAUGUUAAUGUGCAGCUUUGCCCAGAGGCUUUUCCUCCGUGAUGAAAGAACACGUGGUAUUAAUGAAGGUGAAGAUGCUGCUGCUGUAAAUAUCUACUACUUUUUUCAGUCCGAUUCGUUAACGGACAGUUUGCUACAGUAUAAAAUAAGCCCAUUUAUACUGUUGAAGGAAAACUUCACCUAUAAGAUGACCCUUUGUAUAUUAAUUAUUCAUCCCCCAUUAUUCAUAUCUUGGUUGCAUUCAUUGUGAAUGAAGAAUUUAAGUUGACGAUGGUUGAGUUAUUGAUUCUCAAAUGGUAAUUUUGUUGGUGAUAUAUCACUUUAACAACCUUUUAAAGUUAAAGUCUGUGCAUUUGAUCAGUUUGUACAUUCAUUUCAUGUCCUACAUUUAACUUUUUAGUCCACAUUUUCAUUUUUUUGUCAUUUUCUUUUAAUUGUAAAACCAGUUAUGUGAAGACAUUUUGGGAAAUGUCAAGAAUUCAAUCAGUCACUUUAAUACAAGGCUACCACCAGCAGCAGGUUAGCUUAGCUUAGCAUGAAGACUGGAAACAGGGGGAAACAGCUAGCCUGUCACUGACCCGUAACCCCCACAAGAACCCUGCAAACAUGUUGUUUUUAUACAUAUUAAAAUUAGCAAGAUAGAACCUGGUAAUUAAAGAGCCUUCAGUCUUUAUGCUAAGCUAACCUGGCUGCAGCAUUAUAUUUAACAAACUGAUGACAGGGUGGUAUUGAUCCAACUUGUUGAACUCAAGAAAACUAAUAUUUCCUCAGAAUGUCAAACUGUUCCUCUAAAGGCACAAUGAGUAGGAUUUGUCUGUUGUGUUUGUAAACCGCAUUUAAAGUUGGCCCCUCCUCUCCAGCCACCAUCUAAUUAGCCAGCGAGUUUAGAAAUCUUCUGUCUCGCUCGCUUCUCAGCAUUGUAUUUGUGUCUACUGAUUUCAAUGACACAGAUUAUAAAGUCAGCCGGGCCACAGACCACGCCCACAAACAUCCUGGACAACAGACAAAUUAAAAUAAUGCAGAAAAAGCAGGCAGAGGACAGGAUCUCUGACACCAACACACACUUCUAGUGGUUCAUAACUGAUGACAGAGGUAUUUUUUUUUUUGUACAAACCCAUACAUUGUUUUUGAGAUAAAUCCUACACAUUGUGCCUUUAAAUCUUGUCCAUUUUUUUCUUUGCAAUUCUAGUAAAAGAUGCUGGAGAGCUUGGUAAUAACUCUGCUUGUGUCAUAUUCAUCUCUCGUUUUCUUAAAGGUUUGGUUUAUUUUAUUGGUUUUAAUUGCUUUUUAUUGGCCAAUUAAAGUUCUUGUCUACCCUUUAUAAAUUGCUAACUAACAGCUGGUAAAGAGACAUAAUGUUGCCCCCAACAACUAAUUCACCUGGAAGAGCUGCACAGACUUUUUUCUACUGGAUGUACUGCCACAUUACAGUUCCUUAAGUAUUUAAAUACACAGAUCAAGAGGUACUCAUGUUUAUCUGAGGACAUACUGUAGUCUGCCACUCAGUUUUUGUGUGCCUUCUCUACGCCCAGCUCUACUUGUGUUGCAGCUUUGUCAGAUGGAACGUAAAAGCAACGAUCUUUGUGUUUGUUUUCAUCUUUUUUUGAUUGCCAAAAGAAAUACACACAUUUUUAAAAACUACCAA